UCUCUCGCCUAUAUAUAUCUCCUCCAUCUUCACUCUUGUCAAUCUAUCUCUCUCUCUAUCUCUCUCUCUCUCAAUCAAGAUGGUGCAAUCAAAGAAGUUCAGAGGAGUCAGACAACGUCACUGGGGCUCUUGGGUCUCCGAAAUCCGCCACCCCUUGCUGAAAAGGCGAGUCUGGCUUGGCACCUUCGAUACGGCUGAGGAAGCAGCCCGCGCCUACGACCAGGCUGCCGUCCUCAUGAGCGGCCGCAAUGCCAAGACCAACUUCCCCGUCUCCCAGGCCCCACCUGCUGCCAACCCUACAACGUUCCCCGCCACCGCCACCGCCGCCGCCGCCGCCGCUGCCCCGCCAAUCAAGGGCCUCUCGGAGGUCCUGCACGCGAAGCUCCGGAAAUGCAGCAGGCAGCCGACGGCGUCCCUGACAUGCCUGAGACUCGACACCGAGAGCUCCGACAUCGGCGUGUGGCAGAAGCGGGCAGGCCAGAGGCCGGACUCCAACUGGGUCAUGACCGUACAGCUCGGAACCAAGAAGCCGAAGGGCAACAAGGCGAAUUCGGACGAUUCCGAGAACGUUGUGUCCGAGCCGGAACGAAGAGGGCGAGAUGCUAUGGAGGAAGAGCAGAGAAUCGCAUUGCAGAUGAUUGAGGAGCUCCUCAACAGUGAUUGUCCCGAGGGUGAGGAUUGCUUUUCUCCCUCUAGUCGCCAAGAGUGAGAAAAAAGGAUACCAAAAAUCAAAUACUUAUAUACAGACAUAUAUAUGUACUAUUUAAGAUUUUUAUUUCAUCCAUCAUAAAAUUUGCUCGCCAAAUAGUAAAUAAUACGAGCAUGUAAUUCUAAACUCGCGCGGGCCAUAAGUAUAGCCCGUGGAAAAUGAUAGUCUUAUAUAAUUCCGGUGGAUGGAAUAAAAAUCUUAUAAUUUCCAUUGUUCAUAUAAAAUGACAGUAUGACUUUAUAUUAUUGUAACCUUAUUAUAGUGCUGGAUAAUGUGUGAAAAAAGAAAAAAAGAAAAGUAGAACGAGGAGCUCUGCUGCUUAUGUCUGUCUCCACCA